AUGGCCCCUUCAGACCCCACCACAGGCGCUGGCGUUCUCCUCGCCUUUCUCAAACCCACCUCAGCCGGAGGUAACGAAGCACAACCGGACGACAAGCUCGCCCUUUUAUCCACGGCCAUAACAGGAAAUGUUCUCGGCAUCAAAUCAGCAACGCAAUACAAAGCCGCAAAUACCGAAUACGACAAACAGCAUCUCUUCGUCUGCGAAACAGAAGACCUGGCACGUGUGAAUAUAAAGCAGAUGUUGAAGUUUAUUGAAGGCGAGGAUGUGGGUGGAGAGUGGGAUGUCAGGGCGUAUUCUGAAGUCCAGAUCUUUGGCCCGAAGAAGACUGGUGGUAUGUCUGCACGCCAUAUCUCAAGUAGAGACAGAGAUGAGAGGCGCCAGUCGCUGACUAUCAACGUUGUAGAACCUGCGACGACUAUCAUGGUAGCACUCAUGCAACCCUCGCCCACGGGCGCCGAGGAUCUGGAUGCUUGGUACCGCGAAGAGCAUAACCAGCAAACGUCUGAGCAAUCAGGUUGGCUGCGCACAUGUCGGUAUUCGCUUAUAGAGCAAGGACCUGGUUCUUCGGACGAGGAUGGGAAGAAGCAAGAGUUGUCUUUCCUGGCUAUCCAUGAAUUUGGGGAGGGUGAGCAGUUGGGGGACACGGUCAAGGCUUUCGAGCCGAUUAGUGAGUGGACGAUGAAAGUCAUGAAAAAUGCGGUGGGGAUUGACGCGGCGAUUUAUCGGAGGAGUUGA